GGUGAGGUUAGGUUCGUGUGUAGCGACAAGUGCCGAUGUGAACAGAUCGAGCGAGCGAAAUAUUCGAGAAUAACAUAAAAAGUCUUACAUCGAAUCACAGAUAUUUUAUUCGGAUAUGGUAAAUGUCACAAAAGGCAUCCUAGUCGAAUGUGAUGCGGCUAUGAAACAGUUCCUCCUGCACCUGGACGACACAAGCGCGUUGGGAAAAAAAUUUAUAAUUCAAGACCUAGAUGAGAGACACUUGUUUAUAUCUGCUGAUAUACUAGAGAUUCUACAAGCUAAAGUAGAUGAUCUAAUGGAUCAGAUAUCCUUCCCACUGGCGGAAAAAGGAAUGUAAACGGUUGUAAAGGAGAAAGAGGUAAGAUAUUGAGA